AUGAUAUAAUAGAUUAAAAAAUAUAGCAAAUUAGAAGAAUUUGUUAACUCUUCACUUUAAUCUCAUUAGGUUCUUGAUAUUGAUCUAACUUUGAAUUCUAUUGGUUAUUAAGAUGCAUAAGGCUUAGGUACAGCUUUAGUAAAUUGCACUAAUCUCUCAAAUUUGACACUUUAUCUUAAUGGUAAUUAAAUUGGCGCAGCAGGUGCAUAAAGCUUAGGUUUUGCUUUAGCAAAUUGCAAAAAUCUCUCAAAUUUGAAACUUUAUCUUUCUGAUAAUUAAAUUGGUGAUUAAGGUACAUCAGGCUUAGGCUCUGGUUUAGCAAAUUGUAAUAAUCUCAAAAAUUUGACACUCGAUCUUUAUAAGAAUUAAAUUAGUUCAAUGGGUGCAUCAGGCUUAGGUUCUGCUUUAGCAAAUUGUAAUAAUCUCUAAAAUUUGACACUUGAUCUUUAGGAUAAUUUAAUUGGUGAUUAAGGUGUAUCAGGCUUAAAUUCUGCUUUAGCAAAUUGCACCAAUCUCUCAAAUUUGACACUUAAUCUUAAUUAGAAUUAAAUUUACAAUUUACAUGCAUUAGGCUUAGGUUCUGUUUUAGCAAAUUGCCAACAUCUCUCAGAUUUAGCACUUAUUGUUAGUAUGAAUAAAAUUGGCUAAUAACAUGUAUCAGGCUUAGGCUCUGCUUUAGCAAAUUACAAUAAUCUCUCAAAUUUAACACUUGAUCUUAGUUACAAUUAAAUUGACGAUUAAAGUGCAUCAGACUUAGGUUCUGUUUUAGCAAAUUUCAAUAAUCUCUAAAAUUUGAAACUUAGUCUUAGUUAGAAUAAAAUUGGUGCAAUAGGUGCAUAGAGUUUAGGUUCUGCUUUAGCAAAUUGCUCUAAAAUCUCAAAAUUGACACUUGAUAUUUAUGAGAAUAAAAUUGGGGAUUAAGGUGUUUCAAGCUUGGGUUCUGCUUUAGCAAAUUGCAAUAAUCUCUAAAAUUUGAAGCUUGAUUUUGGAUUUAAUUAAAUUGGUGAAAUAGGUGCUUCAGAUUUAGGUUCUGCUUUAGUAAAUUACUCUAAUCUCUUAAAUUUGACACUUGAUCUUCGAAGUAAUUAAAUUGGGGCAAAAGGUGCGUCAUAUUUAGGUUCUGCUUUAGCAAGUUGCACUAAUCUCUCAAAUUUGACACUUGGUCUUCGUGAUAAUUAAAUUGGUGAUUAAGGUACAUCAGACUUAGGUUCUGCUUUAGCAAAUUGCAAUAAUCUUUCAUAUUUGGCACUUCAUCUUGAAAUUAAUUAAAUUGGUGCAAAAGGUGCAUCAGAUUUAGUUUUUGCUUUAAAAAAUUGCACUAAUCUUUCAAAUUUAGCGCUUUAGCUUGGUUACAAUUAAAUUGGUGCAACUGGUGCAUCAGGCUUAUGCUCUGCUUUAGCAAAUUGCAAAAAACUCUCAAAUUUGACACUUAAUCUUAAUGAAAACUAAAUCAAUGAAUCAUAAUAAUUGACAGUAAAUAGCAAGUAUCUUAAAUUAAAAAGAUUAGUUGUCUUUUAUCUAGAUUUCAAUUGGUGA